AUGGAGACACCAUGUCUCCGUGAGACACUGAAUGAUAAUGAUGCGAAAACAUUUAGCCAUCUUGACGUUACUGCUGAGGAACCUUGGUACAAUCUUAUCCCUUUGGUUCUUAUAGUAGUUUUGGUUUUCAGGUAUCAAGAUUCUUUAUUGUAUAUGACGGAAUUUGAUCAAAUAGUUGAAAUACAGGGACCAUACUAUUGUGCCAUUGGUGCUGAUAAGGCCUUUGGACGUGAUAUUGUUGAUGCUCGCUAUAAAGCAUGUCUUUAUGCUGGCAUAAACAUUAGUGGCAUGGCAUCAAUGGAGAAGUUAUGCCUGGCCAGUGGGAAUACCAAGUUGGUCCAUCAGUCGGCAUCUCUGCAGGAGAUCAAGUACGGGUGUCCCGCUAUAUUCUUUAGGUACUUCCAUUAG